GCGACGAGGCAGAGUUAUUCGGGGUUUCAGUAGCUGGAUGGAAGCGUAAUAAAGAAGCUAAUUAUUUAAAUAUUUCAGAAGCCGAAUAAAUAAAAUCAGGAUGUCGGGAGGACCCGCAGUAUCUGUGAGCAUCGAGUCGUCAUGUGAGCGGCAGGUACAGGAGGUUUCCCUGGAUGGAGUGGAGACGUACGUGCCCCCGCUUUCCAUGUCCCAAAACCUUGCGAAGCUCGCACAGCGCAUUGACUUCGGUCAGGACUCUGACUCAGAAGAGGUAGACCCGAACGGGGAAAUCAGAGAGUCUGAGUGGAACAAGCUGAACCCACAGGAGGAGGAAGGCUCGGUGAAGUUCCAGCCGAGUUUGUGGCCGUGGGACUCGGUGAGAAACCAACUACGCGGCGCUCUGACUGAGAUGUGUGUGCUUCAUGACAUGCUUAGUGUCAUCAAGGAAAAGAAGUACAUGGCUCUCGACCCAGUAUCCCAGGACCCUGCCGCUACCAAGACCCCUCAAGUCUUUCAGCUGAUCAGUAAGAAGAAGUCUUUGGCUACUGCAGCCCAGUUGCUGCUGAAGGGGGCUGAAAAGCUGUCCAAGUCUGUGGCAGAGACCCAGGAGCAGCGGCGUCAGCGGGACUUCAACGCGGAACUGCUUCACCUUCGCUCGCAGUGGAAGCUGCGCAAAGUCGGAGACAAAAUACUGGGAGACCUGAGCUACCGCAGCGCAGGAUCUUUGUUCGCCCAUCACGGUACCUUCGAGGUCAUUAAAAACACAGACAUUGAUUUGGAUAAGAAAAUCCCAGAUGAUUACUGUCCUCUCAGAGUCCAGAUUCCCAGUGACCUAGAGGGCUCAGCUUAUAUUAAGGUUUCCAUUCAAAAACAAUCCCCUGAUAUCGGAGACCUGGGAACAGUCAACCUCUUCAGAAGACAACCCAAAGCUAAGCCAGGUUCCCAUUCAUGGCAUCUAAAGCUGGAAGCCGCUCAGAAUGUGCUGCUGUGUAAGGAGAUCUUCGCUCAGCUCUCUCGGGAGGCGGUGCAGAUAAAAUCACAUAUUCCACACAUUGUCGUCAAGAACCAGAUCAUCUCCCAGCCCUUUCCAGGACUUCAGCUCUCAAUCUCACUCUGCCACUCAACUACUGAGAAGAAGAACCAGAGAGCUUCACCUGACAAAACCAAGUCUGAUGACCAUCUUUAUGUGCUGGAGCACAACCUUCACCAGCUUAUUAGAGAGUUCCAUAAGCAGAACCUGAGCUCCUCUGUGAUCCCCCAUCCCGCCAGCGCUCCAUUCGCGUCAAAACGGUCGCGUCUGGCCGGACCGAUGGCCUACAACAAAGCCGAGAUCGGCUCUCUGCAGCAGUACGAGGGUUUGCUGGAGAAGAUCAUCAAACAAGCUAAACACAUCUUCCUUAGAAGCAGGACGGCACGGACCGUCGACAAUCUGGCAAGUCGUAUCGAAGAUCCUCAGAUUCAGGCUCACUGGUCCAAUAUUAACGACGUUUAUGAGUCGAGCGUCAAGGUUCUUAUCACCUCACAAGGCUAUGAGCAGAUCUGCAAAUCUAUUCAGUUACAGUUAAAUAUUGGAGUGGAGCAGAUCAAAGUUGUGCACAGAGAUGGUCGUGUUAUCACACUUUCUCAUCAGGAACAAGAGCUGCAAGACUUUUUACUCUCACAGAUGUCUCAGCAUCAGGUGCAUGCGGUACAGCAGUUGGCGAAGGUGAUGGGCUGGCACGUGCUGAGCUUCAGUAACCACGUGGGACUCGGAGCCAUCGAGAGCAUUGGCAACGCUUCUUCCAUUACCGUAGCUUCACACAAUGGAGCCUAUGCCAUCUCAGUACGAAACGGGCCUGAAAGCGGGUGUAAGGUCCUGGUUCAGUUUCCACGCUGCCAGGCUAAAGAUCUGCCAAAGACUGACGUGCUGCAGGAUGGAAAAUGGAGCCAUUUGCGAGGACCAUAUAAAGAAGUGCACUGGAGCAGGAUGGAAGGAAGGAACUUCGUCUACAAAAUAGAGCUUCUUAUGGCAGCUUUGACUCCCUGUCCAUAAAACCUGGAUCUCUAUGUUUAUAAUAAGCAUCUGUCUUUAUAUUUACAGUUCCAUUAGGGUAAUAUUUUUGUCGAUGUAAUUUUAUACUGUAUAGUGAUAUAUUGCUUACUUGUGCUUGUACUUGUGCUGAUUUUCAGUUUGUUUCCAAAGCUAAAAAAUAAACACGGUAAACUCUG